UCUUCCGUGGUAGAUAAUGUGUAAUCUCUGAAGAGGAUAAAUUUUUUAGUGGAACCGAGUGUCGUGUUGCGGUGUAGUUUUUGUUAUUUAUGUAUCGUGUUGACUUUUGAAAUGUGUUUAGGUAACAAAAUAAGUGAUAAAUAUAGCUUUAGCUAUGCGAGUGUUAGUGGUGGCGGAAAACAAUGGUGUUUUUAAUGUAUGGUGAGUGUUCUAAGAACCAUAAUUAUGCUUUCUAAUAUACACUUCGUUUAAUUGACCUUUGGGGAUCGACAGAAAAUUCAGAUCACGUCUCGCUGUCAUUGCUGGACCCUGUUGUCGCGAGGAUGACUGGAGCGUGCUGGUGGCAGUGGUGGUUGGUGCUGGCCAUGACAGUUGAAGAUGGCGGCUCCGGUUGCUGCUGAUAGGCCCAACUGCAGUUGCAGCAACAUCGCUAUCAUGCAGCUGUUCCAUGAGCUGAAGCAACGCUUCCCAGCUGUUCCGGACAGAGUCGUCAGUGAGUGUAUUAGAAAGAACGCCCAUGACCGGCCCUCGUGCGAGCUGAUCCUCAGCAGGGAGAACCAGACCUACCUGCUGCACAGCUACCCGGCCUCGCUGAAGAUGUGCACGGCCGCCAGCGAGCCGUCCAGCCCGCUGGCCCUCGGCUUCGGCGAGGACUUCCCGGUGAGGCUGGACGAUCCUGGAGCGCGCAACCCGCACCUGUGCUGCGACAGGUUCUCCUACCUGGACCAGCUGAGGACGUACCUGGACCGCGACAUGCUCGCGCAGGUCGACGACGAGGCUGUGCGGUGGGACGAGCUGGCCGCCUCCCGCGCGUAUCACAGACAUCCGCACGGUGCGAGCAACCAGCGCUUGUUCGGGUCGGACGAGCCCGGCUCGGUGCCCGCGAUGCCCGAACACUUGGGUCGCUACUGCAGUGCGAUUCCAGGCAGUGCCUUGGACCAGCCGGAGUCCCGGCCAUCUCGGUGCGACGGUCCCUUCGGAGAAGACUUCCACGUGAAUGUGAACUGCAGCCUGCAGCAGAGUCCCGAGGGCUCCUCGCUGCAGGUGACGAGCAGUGCGCAGCCCCGGCCGAGGGCGCGGACCUCGAUGGAGCUGCAGCCCUCGCCGCACUACAGCUCGCUGGACGGCCGGCCCCAGGGCAGCGCCCCGCGGUCCUACACCUCCGUCAACCUGACCCUGCGCGCGCCGUCGUCCGAGCCGCAGCCGCCCAUCGACAUCCAGUCGGCGGGCUCGAGCCUCACGUACUCCACGUCGUCCUUCGACCCGCGCCAGGGCUACCAGUCGCAGCUGCAGAUCAGGAUAGGGCCGGGCUCGAGCGGCAGCGUGACGGCGGUCAGGACGAGAACCCGCGACCCCGCCUCGCCGCCGCGCGCCUACUCGCUGGCGCGCUCCGGCUCGCUGUCCGACGUCAACUCGGCGCUCAGCAGGAUCUCCGAGAGCUCCGAGGACUCCGUGUCUGAGGAGGAGGAGGCCAGCGUGUCGGCCCUCGGCGCGGAGGGGCUGGAUCCCGGCGCCCGAGAGCUGCUGCUGCAGCAGGUGCAGCGCAAGUCGCGGCUGCAGCGCGAGCUGCUCAAGGAGAGGCAGAAGCUGAGGAAGAUGCAUCGGGAGGUGCAGAGCAUGAGGCGAGACCUGCAGCACCGCGAGCUGCUCAAGAAGAGGAGCGCCAGCCACGCGCUGCCUGUCGUCACCUCCGUCUUGCAGCAGGUGCAGCAGCUGCGCGCGGACAUCCAGUGGCUGCAGGAGGAGUGCAAGCUGAUGGCACACGAGGUGGACGACACCGACAACACCGGGCGAGUGGCAGAACGCGCCGCACCACACUGGACCUGUAGUGCCUGCACCUACAAGAACCACCCUCUGCUGGACAAAUGCGAGCAGUGCGACAUGCCUCACAUCGAGCUAGGUACCUCGCCCUCUGGAGUGGCCACCACUGCCGUCUAGUCGCGCUAACACCUGACCGCAUGUCAACUGUGCGUGUGUGUCUUGACCUAACCACCGUGUUCACCUGAGAUGACCUCGCCGUUGUGGGCUGGACUAACCUAGUCACUGUCGCUAGCUGCAUGCCGGUAAAGAAGUGCAAGUGUGAGUUGCUACUGAGCAACUAUCCUUCAUCAGAACAGGACUGAUGUGUAGGCACAAGUGUUCAAUAUCAUCGACAGUUGAACUGGAGGGAAUCAUGGUAUUACCUAUGGUUACAUUUGGUGUAGUAACACAGACAAAUGAACAUGUGAUAUGUUUGACUGCACUCUCAUGCAUAAUGCACCCCAAAUUUGUGACACAAUAAGGAUCUUGUGUGUCAGCCAGUCCUGGAUUGACUACACUACUAUUGGAAGCUCAGUAUUUCACCCGUAAGCAACAUUGUAAUUUUAAUUUUUAGAAAGAUAUAUUUCCCCUUCUUCAUACAGCCACAUUUUGGGUUCUUGACAUAGUCUAGAUAAAAAUGUAAAAUCUAUUGUUUCCACUUUAUCAUCAGGUAACGUGGUUAUUAAGGUGCAUUUUCAAGUGGGGCCAAACAUACUUGUGGUUUAGGACUUGUAAUGUUGAAACUCACCCUUCAGUACAAUACUCAUUUAUUUCCAUUAGGAGAAACAUUUCUUCAACUUGUAAUUGCGAUCGUGUAGGUAGUAAGCAGAAGUUUGUGCAUCUCAAUGACUUUGUGUGUAUUAAUUAAUAUUAUAACUAGGAUUGUACAAUGCCAGAUACCAGAUGCAAUAAACAGUGGAAGAAAACGAAAUAUGUUCCUUCAGUACAUUAACAAUAUGUGAUAAUGGUUGUUUGCCUUGCAGGAUUUUCUAUGGUUAUAUUAUAAACCUAUUAUUAUGUAUGUUUUAAUGUUGGUUUUUUAUGAUUGAUGGUAUAGUUUUCUAUAGUACCUAUACAUUGUGAUAGGAAGAUAAUGGUGAAAGCAUAGCCUCAGUAGACAUUGGUGUGAGUGGUGCGGGGCUUCUACCUUCCCUUUAGGCACUUAGGAGUUACAUAUCUGUCUAGCCGCCUGAUUGGCUGAAAGUAGAGCAGUUAGUGCUGACUGGAGCUCAGGCGACUGCGAGCGACCGUGAAGAGGCAGGGAGACAGCUUGUGACAAAGACUGAGUCUCCUUUAAGAGACUACAUGGAAGGAGUUACAUAUAUGUCUAGACGCCUGACUGGCUGAAAGUAGAGCAGUUAGUGCUGACUGGAUCUCAGGCUCCUGUGCGACUGUGAAGAGGCAGGGAGACAGCUUUUGACUAGACUGAGUCUCCUUUAAGAGACUACGUGGAAGGAGUUACAUAUCUGUCUAGAUGCCUGACGGGCUGAAAGUAGAGCAGUUAGUGCUGACUGGAUCUCAGGCUCCUGUGCGACUGUGAAGAGGCAGGGAGACAGCUUUUGACUAGACUGAGUCUCCUUUAAGAGACUACGUGGAAGGAGUUACAUAUCUGUCUAGAUGCCUGACUGGCUGAAAGUAGAGCAGUUAGUGCUGACCGGAGCUCAGGCUCCUGCAAGCGACCACGACGACCAGCCCAGACUGCCACUGCGCUGAGCAGCACUAUCGCGUGUUGCAGGGGCGUCCAUCUGUGGUCAGAGUUUUUGGCGUGUGUCUUCUAAGCGACAUAUGUCGUCGCUGGAUAGGGUGCUUGUUUGUUGUACCCUGCUAUAGUAGUAAAAGCCGUUCACCCUCGAAUCACGUCCGCACGAGUCAAGUCAGUGAUUGUGUCCGCAGCAAAGUAAGUGCUCAGUCCUUGUGUUAGACGCCUGUAUGAGUACCUGUGUAUUUAUUUCCCGUUAGAGUCAUGUAAAGUCAUAGUAUUCACAAAUGAUGGUGCGUAGUUAAGUAUUUGUGUGAUCCCUUAAUAGUACCUUGUUUACGAAAACCUUAAUAUUAUUUGCGGCCCCAGGCCAGAUUUAAUACGUAGUGCUCAAUAAUUGUAUUUAAUAAUAUAUAACUAGUCUGGAUCCAGGUAACGGAGUAGCCCACAAUCUACGAACAGUCUCUGGUUUUACUGGAGUGUUUCAAGUAAAUAAUUACCAUAUAGACACACACAUAUUUAUACCUUCUGUCAGGCGUUUCCUACGUAGGGAAUAUAACUAAAUAAAUUGUGAGAUGUUAAAAAAUUAUGUUUUACGUAAAACAUUUAUUAGUACUCAAUAUUAUGGCGCGCGAGGAAACUGUCCCACCCCUCUCCCGCAGAAUCCCUCUUGCAACAGUCCUCAGGAGCUAGUGUUACAAGGUGUGGAAGCUGCGAGCCUUACACCACUGAGAUCUGCCUGCCGGUAACUGUAAUUAUUCAACUGAAACUUUCGGUACUCAGUUCACCGCGAAUACCUGGCCAAGUUGCGUGUAGGCGUGACCCUCCCGCCGUGACUUCUCAUUCACCACGUGACCUGCUCAGGAGACAACUGCCUGAAAUGAGAAGAGAGCACUCAGCAGGGGCAGCACCUAGCUAGUGAUCCCCACCAGCCCUGGGCCAGAAGUCCGGGCUGACCUGCCCCUGGACCUAGCUCAUGUUGUAGUUAUUGUAAAUUACUUCCGCGUCACUGAGAUCAACCCUGUUCUCAGUCACGAGACAGCCGGUAGGCAAUAUACUGCCCAUAUUUUAAUAUAUAUUCAUGCAACAAUCGGAAAACUUAAAAUAUACAGAAAGUUUUCCAUCAUAUAUUGUUGUGACAUCUGUUUUCAGUCACGGAUGUGGAAGUGCAAGCUGGCCCCUUCAGUGAAAGGCUACUCAAUUCUCUCCCUCCCCACAGCCCCGGCUCCUCAAACCUACAUUCCCGUGAACUAUGUUCAUGGCGUGUAGGUUAGGAAUACUGUAGUUUCUUACUUGCUGAAUGUAAUUUGCAGUUUGGUUACUCAUAAAACAAAUUUUCAUUAAUUACGUUUUUGAAUUAUUUGAAAUUUUUAAAAUUCACAAUUUUUCUCAGUUUGUGGAACUCUGUUCAAUUAAAAAUCAUCCGGAUGCUUAAGUUUGUUUCUUAAAUUAUUUGUCUAUAAUUUGCAAUAUAAAUUUGAUUCAGUCCCUUGGCGUGCACUUUGGACCAUAAGUCGUAUAGAUGUUUUCUAAUAACUGGAUUGUGAUGUACCUGCAGCCAAAGAUUAAUGCUUGAAUUCAGACUUAGUCUGUAUGAGAAAUGUCACUUACUGUUCACAGCUAAACUAUUGUUUCUUUCCUUAUCAAUCAGCUGUGUUCAGCCUAAAAUGCUGGUGGCCAGAGUGUAUUUUCCAACUUGACCACUUGAGCCCUGUCAUGAGAUGUUUGAGUCCACACCUCCUACUCAAACAAAUAAUGCCUAAACACUACUACAACGUGACUACUACAGCAUCAGUAUUUUAUCACAUUUAUUAACAGCUGUGUUUUAUUAUAAAACUGUAGUCGUGUAUGAAGUUAACUAAUGAGCAUGAGUUUUUCCUCUGUGGUUAUGAUCACAAAUACGUUAUGUGCCAUGUGUUUAGUUUCAACCCCAUGCACUGUGUUGAUACAAAGUGGUUCUAAUUUCACUUAAAUCUAGGAGGUCCUAUUCUCAUAAGUGAGUGAGGUUAACCCCAUAUCACAAGUUGUGUUAGUGGCAUGUGAAUAAUGAGUGUCCUCUGUUAAGUCUCACUGCCAAUAACAUCUGCAGUAGAAGCCAAAUGCUACCUACUUGUAGACACCACAUGCUACUGAACAAACCGAAACUCUCCCCUCGUGUCCAAAUCAGCACAUGAGAAAGUGGUCAUUACAAACAGAACACCUAGUGAUGGUAAGGCAGAGCCCGUUCGGAAGACCAGAAGAUGUGAAGUAGGGCAUGAGUGGCGGACACAACUAUUGCUGGCGGUGGUAACAGAUGCACUCCUGCAGUGUUGCAUCCUGGACGCAGUUGCAGGAAACGUUUUGAUGUUGCAUCUUGCAGACUUGCCAGCAAUAAAAAUAACUGACUGCUUGGCUGCCAGAUCACCUGUUGAAUCCAGCCACGCCUACCACCAUCCCACUGCAUUCAUUCUGUCCGUGAUACCCUGUUGAACAUGCACAAUAGUUCAGUGUCAUAUAGUCACCAGUAUAUUUCUUACAACCAGUGGUUUCCUCAUGUGCUGGCUUCUAUAUUGGCAGCAUGUAGGCCCUGCAGCAUGUAAGGAAGGGGUGUUCACGUCGAGGUGUGCGUUGGGUUAUCUCGUGCUUCCAGGGGCGAGGGACAGUGUAGUUUGUUGAGGCUUGCCUUCUUGUUAACAGAGGACAUGCCUGUAACUUAUCCUAAUAGUUUUUUUUUUAACUUUCGGUUUUCGAUAUUCAGCUAUUGAAAGGAUUGACUUUCCCAAAUACAGUUAAAAACUUUCCACCAGUAUGGCACAUAUUUCACCUUUUCAUGUGGCCUGCCUUAUUUUAGUUGUGAAAAUACUUAUUCCAGAGUGCUUCUGUAUAUUCCAAUUCCAGUUAGUAUUGCGCCCCUGAUCAUCUGACAAACUGGUUAGGUAGCUACCUCGAGCUUUGAGUCAGCAUAGAGGCUGAAAGAAGACUGUGUCAUUUUUUAUAAACUAGCUGAGUGUUCCGCAGAUGUGAUUCAACUAAGCGAUCUCGGUCAAUAAGACAAUACAUAUUUUCUAAGUAGAAACUGAAAAUGCUCGGGGACGUUGGAACAUAAGUUGCAGCUUCGCAGAGAUUGGUCCGUUGAGGCUAGGCAUUUACACCCCUCGCCUGUUUCUGCUGCUCCACCAGUUUGUAUUUGAAAAUCCGUUCAGAAAUGGAGCAUGUUCAGUUGAGUGACCGUUCUAUAGAGUUUAUGUGUGUCCUUUAUUAAUGAUUUUGUAAUGUAAGCCAUAAAUAAUAUCCUUCCUGUUUCUUUUCGUUUCUGUAAAUGUUCCAAUGUUCGUGCAGUGACCAGCAGUUCUCGGUCUCUGUUUGCACGAUCCACGAGUUGACUACGUUGUUUUAAAGGUUGCGAUUGUGUUUGUUUUGUUGUGUAUCUAACUGCUGUAGUAACUUUUAUACUGUUGUUGCAUGAGAAUUGUUAUAAACAUACUGAAUAUGUUUAAUACGAAUGUUAUUUUUGUUAGCCUCACAUUAAGUACACCUAUGAACAUAAAAGGAAUUGUUGAAUAUGAAGGAAAAUGUACAGUAUAAGAUGAGUUUUAUUGAACUGGUAAAGUAUUGUCUUUAAAUUUAUUAAAUCGUAUAAAAAAACUGUUAAUUGUUACAGGAAUAUUUGGGAUUAAUAAAAUAUAUUUUGGUGAA